GCCUCUAUCUCCUCAGCAAACCUGCCACUUUCCCAGCCAAACCCUAACGUUUUUCCCGCACUUUCUCGAGCCCCCGAUCGACGACCUCUGCCCCCGAUGGCGACGAUCAGCCUCCGCAAGGGCAACGCGCGGCUCCCGCCCGAGGUGAACCGCGCCCUCUACGUCCGCAACCUGCCGUUCAACAUCACGAGCGAGGAGAUGUACGACAUCUUCGGCAAGUACGGCGCGAUCCGGCAGAUCCGCAUCGGCACUAGCAAGGACACCCGCGGCACGGCGUUCGUCGUCUACGAGGACAUUUACGACGCCAAGACCGCCGUCGACCACCUCUCCGGGUUCAACGUCGCGAACCGGUACCUGAUCGUGCUGUACUACCAGCCGGCGAAGAUGAACAAGAAGUUCGACCAGAAGAAGAAGGAGGACGAGCUCGCCAAGAUGCAGGAGAAGUACGGGGUCUCCACCAAAGAUAAGUAGACGUCGAUUAGGAGGUUUUCGAUGUGUACAAUUAUCAUUGGCAUCGGCAUGUUUUGUGGUGUGAAUUGAUGCAGAUGUAUGAUAGAUUAUGCAAUGAAUCCCCUCAUUUGACUACUACUCUGGAUAUGUGAGUUCUGGUGGUCGUGGUUUAGCUAAUGUCUGUACUUUUGAACUAUAUAUUCAUCGCAACGUGCCUGAACUGCAGCUUUGUUAUGCUGAGAAA